AUUUUCCAUCUGAAAACUUGGACAAUCUUGGGUGUACUAAGAUGAACUGCUCACUCUCCUGGCUUGCUCCAUGCCCACAUGACUUAACUGGUUUGGGCUGGGGUCCGGGCAUAUGUACUUUUUCAAAAUGCUGAGAGUUCAAAGUGUAGCUAGGCAUGAGAACAUCAGAACUUUGCUUGGAACUCUGGAAAGAAGGGGUGAAUUGUAAAACAGUUUGGGGAAAAAAUACUACAAAAGAGAGAAGAAGAAAGCCAAGCAAGAAUUGAACUACUUGCCGCCAGGUCCCCUGGGGUCCUUACCCCUCAUCUGGAGAUCAAAAAAGGCAGAGCACGGGCAGCCAGAAAAGUCAGGAGGCCAUUGGCGAUCUCCUGCUCGAGCUGGGAAACUGGAGGUAUCACGGAAGCGAGCUGGGAGACCCAGGAUUGUCCACGCAGAUAGCUCCUUGGAAGGUUUUAACCUGGAGCCAAAGAGGGACAAAGAAGCAGGAGAGCCCAGGAGAAAGGGUCAGCCAUGCCGGGGUGGAAGGGACAGCACCUUGCAGAAGCUGCUCCAUGCUUAUGGCCUGUGCCCACUCAGAGUGCUGAGGGCAUCCCUGCGGGCUGCUGGCCAGGCACACAGGACUCUGCAUUGCCAGUCCCUGCUGGAGGACAAGCCCGAGUCCACGCAGGUUGCGAUGAGGACCUAGGACAUCUGUCUGCUGACCACUCCAGCCACAGUGACCAUGGCCCCCCGCAAGAGGAGCCGCCAUGGCCUGGGCUUCCUGUGCUGCUUUGGGGGCAGUGACCUCCCCGAGAUCAACCUCCAGGACAACCGCCCGCUGCAGUACAUGGAGUUCUCCGGCCCCAUCCCGAACCCAGAGGAGCUGAAUGUCUGCUUUGCAGAGCUUGUGGAUGAAUUGGAUCUCACCGACAAAAACCGGGAGGCCGUCUUUGCCCUGCCACCCGAAAAGAAGUGGCAGAUCUACUGCAGCAAGAAGAAGGAGCAGGAGGACCCCAACAAACUGGCGACCAGCUGGCCUGACUAUUACAUCGACCGCAUCAACUCCAUGGCUGCGAUGCAGAGUCUGUAUGCAUUCGAUGAGGAGGAGACAGAGGUGAGAAACCAGGUUGUGGAAGAUUUGAAGACGGCUCUCCGGACACAGCCCAUGAGGUUCGUGACCCGCUUCAUCGAGCUGGAGGGCCUGACCUGCCUGCUGAAUUUCCUCCGGAGCAUGGACCAUGCCACCUGCGAGAGCCGCAUCCACACCUCCCUCAUCGGCUGCAUCAAGGCGCUGAUGAACAACUCGCAGGGGCGGGCCCACGUGCUGGCGCAGCCCGAGGCCAUCAGCACCAUCGCGCAGAGCCUCCGCACAGAGAACAGCAAGACCAAGGUGGCCGUGCUGGAGAUCCUGGGUGCCGUGUGCCUCGUGCCCGGAGGUCACAAGAAGGUCCUGCAGGCCAUGCUGCACUACCAGGUGUACGCGGCCGAGCGCACGCGCUUCCAGACUCUGCUGAACGAGCUGGACAGAAGUUUGGGCCGGUACCGGGACGAAGUGAACCUGAAAACAGCCAUCAUGUCCUUUAUCAACGCUGUCCUCAAUGCUGGCGCUGGAGAGGAUAACCUAGAAUUCCGGCUCCAUCUGCGGUAUGAGUUCCUGAUGCUGGGGAUCCAGCCUGUGAUCGACAAACUCCGGCAACAUGAGAACGCCAUCCUGGACAGGCAUUUAGACUUCUUUGAGAUGGUCCGGAAUGAGGAUGACCUGGAGCUGGCCCGGAGGUUUGACAUGGUCCACAUUGACACCAAGAGCGCCUCCCAGAUGUUUGAGCUGAUCCACAAGAAGCUGAGGCACACGGAGGCCUACCCCUGCCUGCUGUCUGUCCUGCACCACUGUCUGCAGAUGCCCUACAAGCGGAAUGGUGGCUACUUCCAGCAGUGGCAGCUCCUGGAUCGAAUCAUCCAGCAGAUCGUCCUCCAGGACGAGCGGGGUGUGGACCCCGACCUGGCCCCGCUGGAGAACUUCAACGUGAAGAACAUCGUCAACAUGCUCGUCAAUGAGAAUGAGGUCAAACAGUGGAGAGAGCAGGCAGAGAAAUCCCGGAAAGAGCACCUGGAGCUCGUGAGCCGGUUGGAGAGGAAGGAGCGGGAGUGCGAGAUGAAGACUCUGGAGAAGGAAGAGAUGAUGCGGACCCUGAACAAGAUGAAGGACAAGCUGGCCCGAGAGUCCCAGGAGCUGCGCCAGGCUCGGGGACAAGUGGCAGAGCUGGUGGCACAACUCAGUGAACUUUCAACAGGCCCUGUAUCUGCCCCGCCUCCCCCUGGAGGCCCGCUUCCCUCGUCCUCUUCUGUGACCCUGACAACCGAUGACCUGCCUCCGCCCCCACCCCCUCUCCCCUUCUCCGGCUGCUGCUCCCCGCCGCCCCCGCCGCCCCUUCCGCCCGGUGGGCCCCCCACUCCCCCGGGCGCCCCGCCUUGCUUCGGCCUCAGCCCGCCCCCGCCUCAGGAUCCCUUCCCCAGCAGCAACGUCCCACUCAGGAAAAAGCGGAUCCCGCAGCCUUCCCACCCGCUGAAGUCUUUCAACUGGGUCAAGCUGAAUGAGGAGCGGGUCCCCGGUACCGUAUGGAAUGAGAUUGAUGACACGCAGGUAUUCCGGAUUCUGGACCUAGAGGAUUUUGAAAAAAUGUUUUCAGCCUAUCAGAGGCAUCAGGAGCUGAUAACUAACCCUCCCCAGCAGAAAGAGCUGGGCUCCACCGAGGACAUCUACCUGGCCUCCCGCAAGGUCAAAGAGCUGUCGGUCAUCGAUGGCCGAAGGGCCCAGAACUGCAUUAUCCUUCUCUCCAAGUUGAAGCUUUCUAACGAGGAGAUCCGGCAGGCCAUCCUGAAGAUGGACGAACAGGAGGACCUCGCUAAGGACAUGCUGGAGCAGCUCCUGAAGUUCAUCCCUGAGAAGAGCGACAUCGACCUCCUCGAGGAGCACAAGCACGAGAUUGAGCGGAUGGCGCGAGCUGACCGCUUCCUCUAUGAGAUGAGCAGGAUCGACCACUAUCAGCAGCGCCUGCAGGCCCUGUUCUUCAAGAAGAAGUUCCAGGAGCGGCUGGCGGAGGCCAAGCCCAAAGUGGAAGCCAUCCUGCUGGCCUCCCGGGAACUGACACACAGCAAGCGUCUGAAGCAGAUGCUGGAAGUCGUCCUGGCCAUCGGCAACUUCAUGAACAAGGGCCAGCGCGGAGGCGCCUCCGGCUUCCGGGUGGCCAGCCUCAACAAGAUCGCAGACACCAAGUCCAGCAUUGACAGAAACAUCUCUCUGCUCCAUUACCUGAUCAUGAUCCUGGAGAAACACUUCCCUGACAUCCUGAACCUGCCUUCCGAGCUGCAGCAUCUCCCGGAUGCCGCCAAAGUCAACCUGGCAGAGCUGGAGAAGGAGGUGAACAACCUCAAGAAGGGGCUGAGAGCUGUCGAGCAGGAGCUGGACUAUCAGAGACACCAGGUGCGGGAGCCCAAUGACAAGUUUGUCCCCGUCAUGAGUGACUUCAUCACGGUGUCCAGCUUCAGCUUCUCCGAGCUGGAAGACCAGCUCAAUGAGGCCAGGGAUAAGUUCGCCAAGGCCCUGAUGCACUUUGGGGAGCAGGAGAGCAACAUGCAGCCCGAGGGGUUCUUCGGCAUCUUCGACACCUUCCUGCAGGCCUUCUCGGAGGCCCGGCAGGACCUGGAGGCCAUGAGGAAGAGGAAGGAGGAGGAAGAGCGGCGGGCGCGCAUGGAAGCCAUGCUGAAGGAGCAGCGGGAGCGGGAGCGGUGGCAGCGGCAGCGCAAGGUCCUGGCCGUUGGCUCGCUGGAGCUGGAGGAGGGCGGCGAGUUCGACGACCUGGUGUCGGCCCUGCGCUCCGGGGAGGUGUUCGACAAGGACUUGUCCAAGCUCAAGCGCGGCCGCAAGCGCUCAGGGAACCAGGCCCCGGAGGUCGCCCGCGAGCGGGCAAUGAACCGGCUGAACCACUGACCUGGGGACUGGCCGUGCCGGAAGCCUGGGACGGCCGGGGCCAUGUGGGCUGAGUGGAGCAGGUGACGAGAUUUCGACACGGUGCUGGGUGUCAAGGCCAGGGCUGGGUCCUGGGGCCGGGACUGUGUGCUGGACCAAGUGUCUCCCUAAGCAAGAUUCUUUCUGGGCCCCGGCCCCCCAGGGGUCAUUUGUGGACAGCUCUGGCCAGGAACCCCAGGCUGUGGGUGGCUGUCCUCCCCCACCCCGGGAAUCCUGGCUCCCAGCUCUGAUCCAGGGGCCAACUUUCCUGGGAACUCGGGCAAGGCCUCCGGAGUUAAGAGCUGCUAGCUCAGCUCUGGCCUGGUCCGGAAAAACCACCACGGAGCGACAGCGAGGCAGGGCCCCAGCUGUGAGGACGGAGCAGCAGUGCCCCACAGUGUAGGCCCUUUGGUCGCUCCCCUUCCUCCCUGCGCUCCGCUAACCCACAGUCCGGAAAUUCACCCUUGGCCUGCAGGGUUAAAACCCACUCCUGGGUACUGGCCAAAUCUGCUAAAGGAGGGGUCCGGGAGAGCUCACCGUCAACACGGCUCACGCUGCAGGCACAGGGCCUGGGGGUCCUGCCCCACAGCACUGCCAAUUGUCAGUGACACAGUGACCUCACGUGUGGCCCAUGGUGCCUGACCAGAGGGUGACACUUGAAUGCCCACCUCCUGCACAAGCUCCCACUUGGGAGCAUCACUUAAACCACUGCCUUUCGCUAACACCACAGGGCAAAAGCUGCCCUGGCUGCCCAUCCUGCAGGAGGCCACUUGGAACUGCAUGUCCCCGGCCCUGGGACGUUGAGUUUUGAGAGCCAGAACUGCCCUGUGCCUUUACACGGCACCCUCUAGAUUGGGGGUCGUGGGUUGCUGGGGACAUGCAGAUGGAGGAAAGCUGGCUUCAUGGGGGGUAUCUGGUCUCUGGUGCUCUAUUUGGUUCUUCCCCAAAUUCCAAGGGGCUUACUGGUCCUCCCAUCCACUCCUUCCUUUUGGUCCAUCUUGAGCUGUGCUGGCAGGUAGAUGGGAUGGCUGUAUUUAGGCUCAUUUUCUAGAUGGAGGGGGUGAGGUCCACUCCAUCAUGGCUUAUUUUUCGCACAACCUCCACUCCCGAGUCCAGCCCAGCCCGGCCCUUUUGCCCUGCUCCUCUUCCCCAGGGUCUCUGCCAGGGUCCGGAUUGCUGGCUGGGCUCAUUCUUCUGCUGCCUGUCUUUGCUCCUGGGGGGAGGGGGCCCAGAGCCACAAGUGAGGUCAUUGAGCCCAGCAAGUGUGUUGGUCUGAGCGGGCGGGCAGGUGCGUGCAGGUGGGCGGGAUCUGAGCAAGUGCAAGCCGGGCCGUCACAGGGCCCAGGUGAGGGUGAGCUGGAGGCUUCUAGGAGGAGCAGCUGCAGAGAGUUUAGUUAGGCCCGUGUGGGCCCCGUGAGCGCCCUGCAAGCAGCAGGCUAUGGGAUGGUGGCGACCCCAGGUGCUCUCCCCAACUGGCCUGAGUCUUCAGAUCACGUGAAAGGGAAGGCUCCACUUCUGCCCAGCGACAGGCGUGUCCACAUCCGGGCCUUCCCACCAAGACCAUCUUUGCACCAAGAAAAACAAGGAGCAGGGAAGCUGUUUACAGUGUGGGUGAUCCUCAGCAAGGCGGAGUUCGGUUUAACUGUUUACAGAAGGUGCAUACAUUGUUCCGGAGCCCAGCCUUUCCGCCCCCAAAGGCUGCUGCUUUCCUAUUUAUUAUUUUCUAGAUCUGGCUAAUGGCUCUUGGUACUAGUCGAUGCCAUUCUGGCUGCAGAUCAUGCCCUACUCAGUAAAAAGGGUCUGGUGCCCAGGGAGAUGGCUGGGUGGGUUCCUGAUGUUAACUGAUUAAGGCUAUUAGUGUGUUCCUUGGUCUUUCUUUCCCCUGGGACCCACGGCUGUAGCCCCUUCUGGGUAAGAUUCUCCAGCCGUCAACCUAAUGCAGACCCCCUUAGCAGUGUGUACUAUCUUCACUAGCAGCAUGUCUGGGAGAAAGUUCUCCUGGCAGGUGGGGAAAGCUGAGUCAGGUGCUCCCUGCCUCUGUCCCACUGCCAACUGGGGAGCUGUGACCAUCUUCCCUGCCCUCUCCCUCCUAGGGAUGUCCCAUAAAGGCUGCUCUCACCAGCUGUCUCAUAAAUGAGGCUCCUGUACAAAAUCCGCAGUGUUUUUUACCUGCACCUUUUUAUAAUAUAUUGUAAUACUAAAAACUAUUAAAUCCAUACCACCCCCA